AUGGCCAUCCCUCUACGCAAAUUGACUGGUAUUGUUUUUCUUCUCUUCUUCUGCCCUCCUCUUUCCCAGCCAUUAAUGUCCGGCAGAUGUCCUUCCCACGAAUCCCAAGCUCUGCUCCUCUUCAAAGCUGCCUUGAAUGACUCCGAGGGCUAUCUGAGUUCGUGGGUAAAUGGAACAGACUGCUGCACCUCCUGGAAUGGCAUUUCCUGCGACAAUAACACCAACCACGUUAUCUCUGUUGAAGCCCUUUCUUUCCACGUUGUGAUAUCUGAGAGCAUCUGCCAACUUCGUUUUCUCACAUCACUCACUAUAUCUGGAGUAUAUCAAGGUACUACCACCAUUCCUCCCUGUUUGGGAAAUCUCUCUUAUAUUGAGCGUUUAGUUUUGCAUUAUAAUAGCUUUAGUGGGAUGAUUCCCCCUCUCGUUUGUUUGCUAACCCGCCUUAAAGUCCUUAAUCUUGCAAGCAAUAACUUGAAUGGAAGCAUACCUUCCUGCCUUGGCAAUCUUGCUUCUUUAGCAUACCUUGAACUUAGUUACAACCAACUUAGUGGAAGAAUACCGGCUUCUCUUGGAAGUCUCUCUUUAACUGACCUUCUCCUAGGUGACAACCAACUGAGCGGCAUCGUUCCAGAUUCAUUGGGCAAUCUCUCUUUACUCGAGCGGUUGGAUAUUAGCAAUAACCAACUCAGCGGGACCAUUCCCCCUUCAUUUGCUCACCUUUCCUCACUCAUUGAAUUGUAUGCUCAUGGCAAUCGUUUCAAUGAAACCGUCUCUUCUUUGUCACUUCCACCUUCUUUACAUUUUCUAUACCUGUCAUUACACCAUUACCAGUCGAUUUCAGAAACUUCCUUUCACAACCUUACAAGAUUAAGUGAUUUGUAUUUAUGUGAUUGUGUCCUAAAUAUUAGCACAACUUGGAUUCCACCCUUUGAUUUAUCUUAUCUAAGUUUAGUGUCAUGUAUGAUUGACGGUGAAUUUCCACCUUGGAUUUCAACACAAAUUUCACUUGAACGGUUGGUUAUAACUAAUGCCAGUCUUGUGGGCGUAAUUCCCUCUUGGCUAUGGGAAACCAGUCCUCAGUUAAAUUAUCUAAAUCUUUCAGGAAAUCAUUUGGAAGGAAGCCUAUUCUCAAAUACUUCAUCGUGGAUGAAUCUACGUCGACUAGAUUUGGCUAGAAAUAAAUUGAGUGGGUGCAUCCCAUCAAUGUGGUCUUUUUAUAUGGGUAUACUGCUGCUCAAUGACAAUUUGUUCAGUGGCAAUAUUCAUCCAAACCUGGGCGACUUAUCUAAUCUCAACAUGUUAAAUCUUGCAAACAACAAGAUAACAGGAGUGAUCCCUGUCAGUUUGUCCAAUUGUUCUAAUCUCGAAAUGUUAAAUCUUGCAAACAACAAGAUAACAGGAGUGAUCCCUGUCAGUUUGUCCGAUUGUUCUUAUCUCAACAUGUUAAAUCUUGCAAACAACAAGAUAACAGGAGUGAUCCCUCCACAUGUUGCUUCUACUAAGUUCAAUUCUUUGCAACCAUUACUCUGGGGUUGGGGUAGAGGUGGAGCGGAUCCAUGGACAAUAGCGGAGUAUGGUGCGUGGUUUGCUAGGCACAGGCCAGUGCCUUUGACUGAUCUUGCUGUUCCAAUUACAGCACAACAAAUUCACCAUCCUAGACAGCGAUUGAUGAUAGACGCAGGGGAGAGAGCCGGAGGAGAUGGUGGAGAUGGGGGAGGAGGUGGUGGAGAUGGUUCAUCGAGUAGCGAGGGUGGGGAUGAUGAUGAUGAUAUGCCAGAGUUGGAGGAUGUGCCUGCCACAGAGGGUGGGAUAGGAGAGGUUGGUGAUGGGGAUGAGCUGCAGACUCUAAGAGUGCGGGUGCAGAGGUUGGAGGAUGAGGUCGCUAGACAAGAUAUUGAGCAAGAGACCUACCAUGCAGAUUAUGGUGCCCUUAAGGUGAAGCAAGUGUGUCUUUAG